UUCCGGUUUGUUGUGCAUUCUACUCGGAAUAUACUAGCUUUAUGACGACCAAACGAUGGAAAGCUGGUCUCGUCCAGCUCCUAGAUCUUCAAGAGUUAGUCAGAGAUGUGAACAAGUGAAGUUUAGCUACAGCGAAGCGGUGAAUUGGAUCGAAUGUGGGGCAUCCCCAAAAUGCCCCGUGUGUUAGCAUUGCGACUGUAUCUGUAUUUUUGUAGGCGAUGACAAUGUCCACUGUUUCAAGACGUAACAUUGGAAACACGGUGGACCCCGAUUUACUUACCAGGACGAGUUGGGUGAACGCUGAACUCGCGUACAGGCAAAUCAAGAAGGGUAAAGCUGAUGGGAAUACGUGUGCCCUGUGGUUGAGGUGGCACCUUCAGAAGUAUUUGUUCAGUGUUGGAUGUUUUAUUCAGUUACAUUGUGGAAAAGUGUUGUUCCUCGGAUUACUCUUAUUAUCACUGUGCUGUGUUGGAUUAAAGACUGCCACCCUAGAGACUAAUGUACAAGAAUUAUGGGUCGAAGAAGGUGGAAGACUAGAAAGAGAGCUGAAGUACACCAAGGAGACGGUGGGUGAGGGGAGCGGCAGUACCAGUGAGCUUGUCAUCCAGACACCGAAGAGAGUCGGAGCCAACCUGCUGAACGUCGACUCCCUGUCACUACACCUACAGGCAGUAUUGAAGGCCACCAAGAUUAAUGUGGUCAUUGAUGGAAUUGAGUGGAAAUUUUCAGAUAUUUGUUAUGCAACAGACUUUCCCAGAAUAGAAGAUUACUAUGUUGAUUCAAUAUUGGAACUGAUUCUACCUUGUGUUAUUAUUACACCUUUGGAUUGCUUCUGGGAAGGAUCCAAAUUGUUAGGUCCGGAGGAUCCUGUGAAAACACUAAAAAUUACAGGUUUACCAGAGUAUUUAACAUGGAAAAUGUUGAAUCCAAGAGGGCUGGUCACAGCAAUGAAAGAAUAUGCAAAGUAUUCAGGGAUCUAUUUUCCUGUGGAAGCAUUGGAAGAGGUUUUUGAUAGGGCGGGAAUUGGUUCAGCUUACCAAGAAAAGCCAUGUUUGAACCCCUAUGACCCCGAGUGUCCCACCACAGCCCCUAACAAAUACAACAAACAGAUUCCCGACCUUGGUGGAGAGAUGACCAAUGGGUGUGCUGGCUUCGCCACCAAGUACAUGCACUGGAAUGAAGACCUUAUCUUUGGGGGAGUGAGGAAAAACAAGACAGGCCAUAUUGUUAAAAUUGAAGCGUUCCAGUCAAUAAUCCAGCUGAUGGGUGAGAAGGAUCUGUUUGAAUACCAUGACAACUCGAUGAAGGUGACGAGUGUUGACUGGAGUCUUGGAAUGGCUAAGCAGGUGCUCGAGGCCUGGCAGAGGAACUUCUCUGAGAUUCUGAACAAGUUCACCAAUGACAGUUCUCGAGACAAUGUGUAUGCCUUCUCCUACACCUCACUGUUAGAUAUCAUGAGAGAUUUCUCCAGUGUUAGCAUUGUCAGAGUUGCACUGGGAUAUUUACUCAUGUUUGUGUAUGCGUGCGUGUCACUGCUGAAAUGGAAUGAUGCCGUUAAUUCUCAGAGUGGAAUCGGAAUGGCCGGGGUUUUACUUGUGUCACUCUCCGUGGCAGCAGGACUAGGAAUCUGCUCUGUUCUGGGGAUAACCUUCAACGCAUCCACCACUCAGAUUAUUCCAUUUCUUGCACUUGGUUUGGGAGUGGAUGAUAUGUUUCUUAUUGCUCACACACAUGCAGAAAAUAGCCUGUGUAAAGUUCCAGUCAAUGAUCAAGCAGGGGAGUGUCUGAAGCGGACUGGGGUGACCGUUCUGUUGACGUCAAUCAGCAACAUGCUGGCAUUCUUCACUGCAGCUAUCAUCCCCAUCCCUGCCCUUAGAGCCUUUUCACUGCAGGCUGCAAUUCUGGUGCUGUUUAACAUGGGAUCUAUUUUGCUCAUAUUUCCCGCCAUCAUAAGUCUGGACAUGGUGCGACGGGAAGACAAGCGAGUCGACGUCCUGUGCUGCUUCCAAAGUUUUCUUUUCAGUCCCGGCCCAACCCAGGUGAUAGAACUGCAACCACAGUCCCGAGAGCCUGAACCCAUUCAGCGAGAACCUAGUCCCCCCUCCACCUAUAGUCCCCCUCCUAGCUACAGUUCUGUUAUGAAGCAUAACACAAUAACAAGAUCUUCAUCAAACGGAGCGCACACUGUGACGAUGCUUGCACCUGAAGAUGGAGCUUUUGUCUCCAGAAAUGUAUCAUUACCAUCAGCGUGUCCUUCAACGACAUCGUCACAGCAGUGUCUUGCACCUGACGAGGUGGUUACCUGUAAAGACAGGUGUGUCCAGGCUCAGAGAGAAUGUCUCACCUGGUCUCUUACCUGUUUUGCCACAAACGUCUAUGGUCCAUCUAUUCAGAGGACCCCAAUGAAGGUGUUUGUGGUCGUGUUUUUUUUCAUCUUCCUCAUCAUGGGGAUCUGGGGGACGGCACAGGUCAAGGAUGGCCUUGACCUCACAGACCUUGUGCCCCGGGAUACCAAAGAGUUCAAGUUCUUAGAAGCACAAUCAAAAUACUUUGGCUUUUAUAAUAUUUUUGCAGUUACUCAGGGAAACUUUGAUUAUCCAAACAACCAAAAACUAAUGUAUGACUACCACAAUGCAUUUGAUCGUGUGAAGAAGAUUAUUCGUGGAGAGAAUGGGGAACUUCCAACAUUUUGGUUGGAACUUUUCCGUCAAUGGCUUUCAGAUCUCCAGAGAGCCUUUGACAAAGACUACCAAUAUGGGAAGUUCCACGCUGAUGGCUGGUAUCCCAAUGCUACAGAUGAAGCCAUCUUGGCAUACAAGUUACUUCAGCAAACUGGGAAUUCCCACAAUCCAUAUGAUAAGGAUCAGGUGACUCGUGUGCGACUAGUCGAUGGUGAUGGCAAUAUUUACGCACCUGCCUUCUACAACUACCUCACGGCCUGGACGUCAAAUGAUGUGAUGGCCUACACUGCCUCGGUGGGCAACUUCCACCCAAUCCCCAAGACGUGGCUGCAUGACCCAAAGGAACUUAACUUUGUCAUCCCCAAAUCCCAGCCAUUGAUUUACACUCAGCUCCCUUUCUUUCUAACAAACCUGUCAAAUACAGAAGAUAUUAUCAGCAUUAUUAAGGAAAUCCGUUCUAUCUGUGACUCGUUCUCAGCGCGCGGCCUCCCGAACUACCCGACGGGCGUCCCGUUCACAUUCUGGGAGCAGUACAUUAACCUGCGCUUCUACAUGAUGCUGGCCAUCCUGUGUGUCCUCGCUGUUACCUUCAUCGUCCUCACCGUCGUGCUGAUGAACCCGUGGAUAGCCGUUGUUGUUGUUGUGAUGCUGGCCAUGAUCCUGGUGGAGUUGUUUGGCUUCAUGGGAAUGAUCGGCAUCAAGCUCAGCGCUGUCCCUGCAGUCAUUCUCAUCAUGGCCGUUGGCAUUGGCGUGGAAUUCACCUUACACAUGGCGGUGGGUUUUAUAACAGCAAUCGGAGACCGCAACAGAAGAAUGUUUAUGUCUCUGGAACACACGUUUGCCCCAGUUGUGCACGGAGCAGUGUCCACUUUUUUAGGAAUAAUUAUGCUGGUUGGCGCGGAGUUUGACUUUGUGAUCAAAUACUUCUUCAACGUUCUGGCAGCUCUGGUUGUGAUAGGACUCUUUAAUGGUCUGCUUCUGUUGCCCGUUCUUCUGGCUAUCCUUGGACCAAAUGGAGAGGUUCAGCCAAAAGAAGAUCCAGAUCGAUUGGCAACUCCAAGUCCAGAACCUUCUCCAAAACCACGUGAAAGAUCUUCUCGAAUUGGUGGACGGCGCAUAUAUCCCAGAGUUCCAAGUGAUAUUUCAUUAACAACAAUAACGGAAGAGCCAACGCAGUACUCAUCACAUGAAAUUAUUGUGCAACCUGAGAUUGUCGUAGAAACAACAACCAUCCCCCACCCCUCCAGAGAAUCAAAUGCAGAGAGUAGCAAUUCUAGUACUAAAUAUAUGACACUACCUGGAUCAGCUGGAGCGACAGCUGCACCACAACAUAUUACGAGGGUCACUGCCACUGCAACAGUCAAAGUAGAAGUUCACACACCUUUACCAGGAUCCUGUACAGUGGACGAAGAACACAGUUUCAAAAGUAAAAGAAGAAAGUUGAAAGAACAUGACAACUCUAACUCCGAUUCAGAAUCAAAUGGAAGUAAUAAAUCAUAAUAUGUGAUUGCAAAUCACCCCUAUGUGCCAAUGGUGCUGUCUGUGUCUGUAUUACCCACUAGACUCUGUACGAGACUGAGACAGGCUUACCUCCCCUUGCUGGCAGCAAUCGGAUCCAAGCCAAAGACUUACCUCUGUGUCAUAGUCAUGGUUGUUUGUGCAUCAAAACGUGAUUUCAGCUUCUGGCAAAUCGUAGAAGGCAGCUAUUGGGAGAUUUUGAUUGCCAGUUCUAAUCAUGUGAUCAGCUUGUAAACCAAUAACAUUUAUUCAAGUACUUGUGAUCUAAACAUGCCAUGCAGAACAACGUCAACAUAAACAGUCGCAAAUAAUCAAAGGUGAUAUAUAAAGAUGUGUUCUGGAGUGUGUGUUUGGUGGUCAUAAAAAACAGGUUUGUUGUCAUGGCAGCAUAAUCUCAUGGCAGCAGGACUCAUGCCUGUGUUAUUUUAAAGAGUUUCAAAGACUAUAGGUCGUGAUGAAUUUUUAAUGUGACCUUAUGAGUAUACUUGUGUGAACAUAAGCACAGCUUGCUUUUAAAUGUGAUACUGUUUGAUGUGAAAACUAAUUCAGGAAUACAUAUGAACCAGAUGGACUGGUAAAAUGGCUUGUACAAAUGAACUGGAAGAAAUCCUAGGAAUUUGUAUAUUCACUAAAAAACAACAACCAAGAAUCCAAAGCCUUAGAAAUGCAUUUUGUGAAAAGAUCAGAAAUCCUCAACCAAUUGGAACUUUAUUGGACAAAUUUGCAUUACUGGGAUCACUUCAACUGAUAGUGUACUGGAACAAGAGAAAUAACUCUGUUCAACUGAUAGUGUGUCUUGGAACAAGAGAAAUAACUCUAUAUACAAAGUGUGUGUUCUUUUGGACAGAAAACAAGUUUUCUCUUUUACGGGUAACAAGGGUCAUGCAGAGACAUGGCGGCGAAAUGACUGGCAGAAGAUUCACACCAUCCAGGGUUAUAUAGAAGAAUUAGUCAUAUAGCUCGGCCAUCACCAAAUCUACCUUAUUUAUUUAUAAACCCAAGAAUGUGUAUGUUAGCCUGACCAAUCAGGCACAGUGUUGCUGGGUCUCCAGAUGUUACUUUGCAAUGCUGUGUCUGAUUGGGCACUAUGCAAGAUGUAUUUAUAUGUUAUUUUUUGUAAAAUAUGGCACUUAGUUCUGUAUAGAUCUAUUAUUACUUAAAAUAUGUACAGAAAAGAUGUAAAUUUUUACAAGUUCAGGGUGUUAUGUUGUCCAUACUCAUCGAUCAGGCCAGAUUUGUCAUUAAUGAAAGAAAAAUAUAUCACUGUACUUAUUCAGUUAUAUUUACAUAAUAUUGUAUCUUUUUAAAUCUGAAACAAAAUCCUUCUAUAGCCAUGACAUUGUGUAUUUUAAUCUGCAGAUAUGUUUUUGUUUUUUACACAUUUAAUGAAAUAAUUAAAAUUGGAUCUUCAGAUAAGUUCCAGAUGUUGAUUAUACAAAAACAAAAAAAACUUCAAUAAACAAUAUAAAAACCCAAUAACAUCUUUUAAAAUUUUAAACAUAUCUUUCACUAAUUAAAAUAUAAAUGUUGAUAAAAAAAAUCAGCUGAAGUAUUCCAGCAUCUACAUUUUCUAAUUUAAAAAAUAAUGCUUCUUAUUUUUGUUGUGUUUUAGUUUUCAUUUUAUUUUAGUUAUUAGUAAAACAAAAAGUAUCGCACUAAUAGAGAUUUACUGAUUCCAGUGCAAGUAUCAUUUCAGCAUCUUUAUGUAUCAGAUAAUGUUUCAGAUUAGGAAAGAUUGACAACAAUAUAAAAAUGUGUGAACCAUUAAUUACAUCUUUGUAAUUCAAUAUUUAACUUCAUUCAAGAAAGCCUUCAGACUGAUCUUGGUAAUUUAUCAUUGUUACCAUUAUUAUUAAUAUAAGUAUGUAGUAUAUUUCUUCCAAUAUCUAAGUGAUAAUUAAUAAUAAAAGGGCCUUUGUUUAUAAACUUAAGUUUGUUUUUAAACAAUUUGUGUUAAGUGGCUGAUAUUAUAAAACCAGUAUAAUACCUCUUUAGUCAUAAAACAUUUAUAUAUUCUAAUUUAAUACAAAAAUAUUGUCUUCCAUUAUUAAUGUGUUUUCAUAAAAAUAAGUAAAAUAGCAUUAUCAUGGUUGCAGUUUAUGCAUUAUUCACUUAUACAUUAUAUAAAUCAUUUAACAUGGGUUUUUGUGAAAGAAUAUUGUCAACUAUAAUCUUGUAAAGAACUUCAGUAUUCUUAAAUUAUGGCAUAAAUUUGGAAAUUUUAACCGAAAGUUUUGUUUCUCUAAUAAUUUAGAGUAAUUGUUUAUUUUUAUUUAUUAAAAAAAAUAUAUAUUUCUACAAGUACAAAAUAUAAGUGAAUAUGCUCAGAACAGCAAAUAUCAGCUUUAAUAAUUCUACUUUAAUUGGACAUUGAUUUAAAAAUAUUUUAAUAUGGCAACAUACUUUUGUGGUAAACUGUGAAAUUUUGAAAUAUCUACCUCUCAGAAUAUUCAAUAUUUAGUCAAAUGCAAGCCAUUAAUUGUUUCAAAUGUUUCAAGGGGUGACAGUAAAGAAGAAGCAUUUUAUUUUUUACUUGAAACAUUUUCUUGACAAGUUAAUUAUAUUUAUGCUUGUGUUUUUUUUAACCAUUCAUCAUUAUAUUCAAUUUUUUCUCAGGGUGAUGUUUUAUGUAGGUCAAUGCAUGUAACCACUGGUUACAUUACCAUGGUUACACCGUCAGUGUUUGCUUGGCAAUUCUGUUGAUGUUCUAUGUUUUAUUGACUCCGAUUUACUUGCACACAUAAUUCUGUAUGCAGUUAAUCAAAUGUAGAUAUGUGUAAUAGAAUUAUUUUAAUCAAUUUUUUUCUAAAACCAAUUCUGUGAUAUAAAAAAACAAAGCAUAUUUUAUAUCAUAAACAUACAAAAGCGGCUAACACAUGGAAGCAUGUUGUUUGAUCCCAUCCUCGACACAUAUUAAUGUAAAAACAGUUAAAAUGGAUGGGGAUUAUUGUUAGACUGAUGGAUGUAUCUGUGAAAAUGUUCUAGUAUGUAUAUGUGGACUGUGAGUGUAUUGGUGUGACAGGUGUUUGUGCAACAUGUACUUCAUUUUUACUGCCCCCAUGCUUAAAACCAAAGAUUUUACUAUGUUCCUGGACUGGUGUUAAUAAUAUUGAAAAGCACUUCCAAAGCACCGGUAGUCAUUUUGUUAUUCUGGUACCUUAAUAUUCACUGAGAAUAUUUUAUGUUUUAAGUGCAAACCUGUUCCAGUGUCAGUAUUUUGAUAGUAUUUUUCUAUUGUAAUUCAUAAGUCUUAAGACAUUUGUUUAUUCUUACUCUUGAAUAAUACAAAUUUGACAGUGCUAAGUAAUAAAAUAUAAAAUUUCAGUCACACUUGGCAUUUUAUGAAUUUAUUAUUAAGUUGUAGUUUUAUGGAUUUUAUGACAGUUUUAAUAACUAAUAUCCAUAACAUUUCCAUAAUAAAAUUUAUCCUAAAACUAAUUACUUUUGGCUGUGAAAAUAUUGACAUCAUCACCAUGUUUGAUGACAUCAAAGGGAACAUACAAUAAUUCUAGCUCUUAUAUUUGUAUGAUGGUAAUGACACAUUUAUUACAUCCUUUUGUUUUACUCAUUUAAACAUUGUUUUAAAAUUUAGAUACUCUUUUUGUAAAUGCUUAUAUAUAUUCUCUGUAUUUAAUUUUACCAAUACGGACAAAACCAAAUUCAAGCUAAGGAAACCAAGAUUUUGAGCAAACAUUAAUUAUUUCAUGCUUGAAGUUGAAACUACUGCAUUUAUAACCUAACCAAAGAUUUAGUGUUAAUAUUCUUUUACCUUUUAGUGUUACUGUUCUUUUACUUAGUGUAGUUUUGUUUUAAUUUAACAGUAAUUUGCUGCUUUUUGUUGUUGAUAGACAUAAAAAGUAUAUGACCAAGAUUUGUAAUGAUACAGAUUUUCUUGAUGUUGUUUAAAUUACAUUUUCAUAACUUGUUGUUAUUGAAAUAUUUACCAUUAUCUACCUGCAAUGGUUUAAUUUUCUUAACACCGUCCAGGGACCAUUUGUACCCCAACAUUAAGCUUAUUGUUAAUUUAUAGCAGACUUUGAAAUAUUUUGAAAUACCUCAUCAAUAGGGCACUAGACCAUUACUAGUUCCAUGGGCAUAUGCCCUGGGUGUGACAUGAUCGGUGUGGGUUGGGUUAUUUGGUGGGGAAUGUCGGCAGGGCUAUGUGGGUAGGAUGGAGGGUGGGUGGGUGGGUAGGGCUGUGAUAUGCCAAUAUGUAAGUGGUACAUGCACGCAUAUUGUACAGUGUAGGUUAUGUAUCAAUGAUUAAUCUUCAUUGUGUUUGAUCCCCAAUGGAGGGCAUUGGACACCUCAAUGUGAACAAAGUAUAAAAAAUAAAAAGGUUGUAAAAAUUA